AUGGCAGAGAGGCCGGAAGACCUGAACCUCCCCAACGCGGUGAUCACCCGCAUCAUCAAGGAGGCGCUCCCAGAUGGAGUGAACGUGUCCAAGGAAGCCAGGAGAGCCAUUUCCCAGGCCGCCAGCGUGUUCGUGCUGUACGCAACGUCCUGUGCGAACAACUUUGCCAUGAAAGCAAAGAGGAAAACUCUGAAUGCAGGAGACGUUUUGGCUGCGAUGGAGGAAAUGGAGUUCGAACGAUUCUUGGAGCCUCUCAGAGAAGCUUUGGAGGUGUAUAAGAAGGGCCAGAAAGGAAAGAAGGAGGUUUCUGAGCAGAAGCGUAAAGAUAAAGAGAAGAAGGCCGAUUCUGAGAACGACAAGAGCAGGGAGGACGAAGAGGAGGAGGAGGAGGAGCGUAUGGAGGAGGAGCCUGAAGCCGAGAACGAAGUGGAGGAGGAGGAGGUGGAGAACUGAUGAAGCUCUGGUGACUGACAUGCACUCCCAUCACCUCCUCUGAGGUCAUCACUGGCUGGAGCUGCUGUUUCCAACCCGACAACAAACAAAGCACAAAGAAAAACUCCACCUCCUCAUCUGCAUUUUGUAUUUUUAAUCAUUUUGAUACAACAGUUUUUUUUCUUGACAGUUAAUAAUACUCAGUAGUUAGUGUUCAUCGACAGGAAGUUAAAUACAAAGACUGACUCUGGUUUAAGGGUUUUACCACUGGAGGGAGUGAGAACACAGGCAGUCAUUUGACCAGCGUCCAGCUAGAAGAUGAGCGUGUUUAAAAUGUUUCUGUAGCAGCACACUGACGAUCAUAGACCUGUUUUAUUUAACACAUCAAGUGCUCAAAGGUUAAAGGUUGUCUAAACAAAACAAAUAAAGCCAUUGAAGAACUAAGAAAAGAGAGCAAGUUUAGAUUUAAAGGAACAGUUCAGUCCUUCUCUCCUCCUGAUGAUAUAAAGUCAGGUGAAGUGUCGUAUUCCACAGAACAGUUCUGGAGCUUCACAGUAAAAACACAGUUGCAGCGUUCUGUUAAAGCUGCAGACGUGAUUUAUAAUGUGAAAACAACCCCCCAAAUAUAUAAAAUGGUCUCCAAGUCUCCAGAGAAUCCAAACUGAUUUGCACACACAUUAGCUUGUUAGCUGCACUAAAUAGUGUGUAAAUAACCUCUUUUCAAAUCAGCUCUGGAUCUCUGAGCCUCCAGGUCGUUAGACGAGCUGUGUGGAGCCAUUUUAUUUUCAUUCUGGUUGUUUUCCACAUUUAAAAAGGAGUCUCCAGCUACUUCAGUCGUUUUGGAGAACGCUGCAACGCGUCUUUGCUGUAGAGCUCCCUGACCUGACUUCCCAUCAGCAUGGCGCAGCUGUCAUUUUUGGGUGAACUUGUCCUUUAAUCCAGGAGUUCUUUCGAUCAAAGAUUUACCAGCUUUUGGUACAAAAUCAGGCGUUGGUUACAAAUUUGAUGAUCGCGGUUUGGCUUUAGUUGAACACUAGAAACAAAGACGGAGCUUGUAGACGUGAUGGAUCAGUGUAGCGGCGGCUGUAAUGAACCGUGUUGUUGGACCUCGUAGAUUGAUACUUAAAAGAUGGCUGCAGCUGUGUUCAGUGCACCUUUUUGUUCUGCUGUGUUUUUGAACCAUUUAUACUUUUGUAGACUUGUAUAUGACUGGCUGAGAUUUUCAAUAAAUAUUUUGUAUAAAAGGAGAA